ACACUAAGUAACGCUCAAGAGAACACUAGACCACCACCACCACUACCACCACCAGCAUUAAGUCAUUUUCAAUAAGAAUUUAACAAUAUCAUACGGUAAGACAAAAACUAGCACUAAAACUAAUAACAGUACUACGACGACCAGACGAACUUUUAAGCAAUAAGCAUUAAGACUAAUACUAGCACCACCAUGGACGUGUGCUAUUUUCGCGUGAAAGACUGGGGGAAAACGGCUUCAAUAUUACGGAAGUGCGCUAGUAAAUAUAUUCUCAAUUCAUUUCAAUGGUAGUGAAUUCGUACAAAAUACAUUUGUGAUGUAUCAGUGUAUUCAUAGACAGUUGACGAAAAAUGUCGAAGAAAAUACUAACAGCUCCACAAAAGUGUGAACACUGUUACUUGAAAUGCAUUUUAGAGGAAGAAGUCAACGGUCUUAUAAACACCAUCAUUCUGGAACCAGUUCAAUUGAAGAGUUUUAUAGUCAGUGCCGUAAAGCAACUGCACGGUUCGGUUGGAUCAUCAACUGUAAUCGACAUUUUGAAAGUGGAUAAGAGAAAUGGCGAGAUUAUAUUACGUGUGAAGUCAAGCAACCUUGUGAAAUUGUGGAGCUCCUUGACACUUAUAAAUAAAUAUAAUGACAAUGCUUGCCGUUUUAAUGUCCAACAGGUUUCUCCAUAUUUGAUGUCAUUAGCAAGAGAUAGUAGAACAUGGGUGCCAUUUAUUUCAUCUGACUGAUAUCAAACCUAGAAAUUCAAGAUUAUUGUACAGUUCUAUCGUAAAAUGUGUCUGACACAAAAAUUGACUUUUCUUCUUCUAUCCUUCACCUAUGUGUAGAGAAAGCCUAGAGAUUUGAGAAGUACAAAAUUUUAAUUUUGUAGUUUGUUCAAAGUUCCGACAUUGUCUCAGAAUGAAACUGUUGGUGACUGUUGGCAAGAUUUUACACAUUCAAAAUAUGGUACUUAAGUGUGUUAUUAA